UGGUGUACGACUUACCCGAAGUUCAGACUGAGGGCGGAGAUGCAGUGCGGAGAUAUCAUUGUCCUUCGUACAUUUGGCUGAAGGGGAAUUUCCCAUGCACCUCGGCUACAGAGACUUUCAUUACAUACACUAAUACCUCUCACUCUCCCCCGGACCACUCUUCGGUUAAAAUGUGAUAUGAACUGUUUCGGUUCACGUCCUUUCACACGGCUGUGUGGCCGCGGCUGCUUCUUGACUCCCUCCACCAAACCUUCCUCUCACGUUCGUUUUCGUUUUCGUUUUCCCCCUUCAGGCAGAAGAAAUCUAUCCGUCCAUCCCGUCGCCGGCAGCAUCGGGGCGGAGAUUCGAGACGUCGACCUGGCCCUCCUGCCCGAGAACCCGGGAUGGGUACGGCAGCUCCGCGAGGCGUUUCUCCAACACCAAGUCAUCUUCUUCCGAAACCAAAACCUCGAGCCCCAGGCGUUUCUGACCUUCGCCUCCCACUUUGGCGAGCCGGUCGAGUACCCCUUCGUCAAGGGCAUCGAGGGCUUUCCCGAGAUCAUCCGUGUCCUCAAACAGGAGCACGAGACCGUCAACUUCGGCGGCAUCUGGCACUCGGACACGUCCUACCAACAGACCCCACCGCUUGGGUCGGUACUCCUGGGGAAGGAAACCCCGCCGUACGGCGGUGACACUCUCUUUGCGAACCAGUACGCCGCCUACGACUCUCUCUCCGACGGUCUAAAGGAGACCCUCGCGGGGCUCAGGGGCGUCAGCACGUCCGCAAAGGCCGACGCGAGCAAGACGAGGGAGGACCGCAUCCGAGACAGUGGCAAUCCCACCGCGCCGGCAGAGUCGUUCGAGGCCGUGCACCCCGUCGUCAGGACACACCCGGAAACUGGGAAGAAGGCACUGUACGUCAACGUCGCGCAUACGGCCCGGUUCGAAGGCUGGACGGAAGGGGAAUCUGCCCCGUUGCUGAGUUUCCUGUUCCACCAUCAGGUCAAGCCAGAAUUCACCUGUCGAUUUUCUUGGGAGGUCGGAAGUAUUGCCUUCUGGGACAAUCGGUGUGUCCAACACAACCCAAUCAACGACUAUCAUGGUUUUAGACGGAGCAUGCUGAGGAUUACACUUGCAGGAGAUACACCCAGAUAGAAGUUGUCUUGUGUCAUGGUCUAUCUUUAUGAUUUUGAGGAGAUGUUACAUACUGCGACGAGCUAUU